AUGAAAAGCUUUUUAUCGGAGGAAGAUAAACUCAAGUUAACCAUAAGAAAAAACUAUUUAGAGAGAGAUGCCAUUAAAACGAAAAUUUUGAAUUACUUGAAUAGGUUGUCACACCUGUGCUCAGAUGACAAAGAUGAGCUUAACAGAAGGGAAAGGCAGAAACGGGGGUUCUUCGAGGAAAACUCGGAGAGCUUCCCCGAAUUCAAGAUAGAGAAAAGGCCCAAGAUAGAGCAGGAUGAGACAACGGUGACGAGGAACAGGAGGCUUCUUCAAGUAGGACUCUUGGAGCACCUGAAAAAAGCAAAAGAUGCCCUUGAACAGGAAAAAAGUAACGAGAAGGUCAUCAGGCAACAAAUGCAAAAUAAGAGAGUGGAACAGAAAUUACAAGAAGAAAAGAAAAAAUUUGAAAAACACCAACUUGAUGAUAUAGAAAAAAGAAUAAUUACACACAUUAAGGAAAUAAAAAAUGUAGACACUCACAUAAAAACAGACGAAGCAAAAUUGAUGAAAUUAACUUUAAUUAAUCAUUACGAAAAAAUGAAAAAUUUCAUAAGUACGAAUUGCCAGCCAACUAUUUUUUGGUGCCCUUUUAAAUUUAACUCUAAAACAGAAAUUCUCCAAAAAGAGACCGACAAUUUUAUUAGGAAAAAAAUCGAAGCUAUUAAAGAGUCGAAUUAUGAUGUGGACUUUGAGGAAGAGCCCUGGGUAGUGCAGUUUGAAAACUUGAAGGAAAUCGUGCGAAGACGCAACGGGCAAGAGGGAGAAGCGACUGGAGUGGAAGACAAGGUGGACCACGAGGAGAAAGCUGACCAGGAAGGUGAUGAAGCAAAGAAGGAAGGAAAGGAAAAUCAUAGCGAAGAUGAGGAGGAGAACAAUGACGAAGAUGAGCAGAAUAACGGAGACGAUGAAAACAAGGAUGAAGAAGAUGUAGAGAACGAAGAUGAGGAAAAUGAUGAUGAUAAAGACGACGAAGAUGACGAGGAGGUAGAGGAAGAAAACUAUAAGGAUGGAGAAGACGAUGAUGAAAAGGAAGGCACGGAAAACGAGGAAGAAGAGGAAAAUGAGGAAAGAAACGAAAACCAGGUUGGAAAGGAAUCCUCCAAUGGAAGUCACUACACUGAGGAGAAAGAAGAAGAUACGGAGGGCACCCCCAAGAAAAGCCCAAGUAACGACUCCGAGGUGAACACCUCACAAAACAGUAAUACGUGCCAAGAAAGGGACAAUAUAAGCAACGAGGAUUUUUACCCAGAUAAUGCCGGCGAUGAGGACUUGAAAUGUAGGGAGGUGAGCGAGGCAAACGCGGAACAUGACGCGGAUAGAACAGGUGAGCAAAACGGGACGGACGAGCCAAAUGAGACGAACGAAACGGUUGAAUUGGAUGAAGCAAACGCGGCGAAUGUGACAAACGAAACUAACGAAGCGAACGAAGCGAACGAGACGAAUGAAACGGUCGGUGAUAAUGACGGGGUCGCGGUUAAGAAAAAUGCCCGGAAAAGAAGGGGAAGGCCAAAAAAAAAGAGGAGGUGA